AUGGAUAGAGUUGGCUAAAUUUACAAGCUAUCCCGCAAGAUAGGUAGUGGGUCUUUCGGUGAUAUUUAUAUUGGCAUUCAUGGCAAGACUGGUGAAGAAGUUGCAGUGAAAAUGGAACCGAUGAAAACUAAGUAUCCUUAGUUAUUAUUUGAAUCAAAGCUUUACAAAAUGAUGCAAGGUUCAAUUGGUAUACCAGCUGUCCAUUGGUACGGUUAGGAGGGUGACAUGAACUGCAUGAUAAUGGACUUACUAGACAAAUCAUUAGAGGAUUUGUUUCAGCAAUAGAAAAGAAAAUUCAGUUUAAAAACUGUGCUAAUGCUUGCUGAUUAGAUGAUUUAGAGAGUAGAGCUAGUUCAUAGUCAUAACUUUUUGCACAGAGAUAUCAAACCUGAAAAUUUCCUAAUGGGAAGAGACCCUAAGGGUAGCAGGAAAAAGAUACUAUCAACUACAGUUCACUUGAUUGACUUCGGCUUGGCUAAGAGGUUCAAAGAUCCAAAGACUGGUGCACAUAUACCAAUGAAAGACCGUAAAGAACUGACAGGCACCGCGAGAUAUGCUUCUGCCAGCGCCCAUGAGGGUUAUGAGUAAUCAAGAAGAGAUGAUUUGGAAUCAUUAGGUUUCCUUCUAGUUUAUUUCCUCAAGGGAUAGUUGCCUUGGUAAGGACUUGCAACUCGAAAUACAAUUGACAAAACCGAACAAAUUAGGGAAAAGAAAAUGAAUACUACAAUUGAAGAAUUGACUGAGGAUCUUGAUGAGGAAUUUAAACAGUAUUUCACUUAUAUCAGAAGCCUAGCCUUCGAAGAUAAGCCUGACUAUUAGUACUUAAGAAAUCUAUUCAAGAAAUUAAUGGACAAGAAUGAUUAUUACUAUGACAAUUAAUUUGAUUGGAUAGCUCCUAAAUCUAGUUCGAAGGUUUCACCAAUUAAAAAUUUCAUCUAGUAAUUGCCUAUAAAGUCUGCUCGAGACUUGUUAGAAGUAAGAAGAUAAAUGAAAUAGUCCUUCAUAAUGUCACCCAAAAAUGAUGAGAUAAAAAAACCUGGAGUUUUCUUUAAUUAGAACAAAAGUUCUGCUUAACUUAAGCCACAUGUUCAAGGAACAGCUAGAAAAUAAUCAAUAUCUCCAAUAAAUGAGAAAGAUAUAAUGCCGAGGAAGUAAAAUGUAGUAUCUAAAGAGGUCGAAUAGAUCAAAUAAAAAAUAGAUCAAAAAAUUAGAAAAGAUUACUAAACCAUUAUUGAUCCACUUAUUCAAGGUUUGAAGGAUGUAAAAGAGUAAAAAGAUUCAAAGAUUCAAAAAUCAGCUUCAAAGCCAAGAAUCAACUAAUUGAAGUCUCAAAAGCUCGUCAAGGUUCCCUCCUCAGAGUAGAAUAUGAACAAGUCAUAAUUGAUAAACAGAUCAACAUUCAUUAAGCCUGUUCUCAAAGAUUUAGACAAGUCUUAAGGAUUGAGCAAAGACAGAUCAAUUAACAAUACUCUAACAAAGUCCAGUUUCCUAUCCACUAAAAAUGUCCCAUCUUCAAAAGGGAAACAGAGAUCGAGACAGUAGAAUACAUUAUUUGGGUUUCAGUCAAGCACCUCUAAGAAUUAGACUUAAUUUAAUGUUGCUUAUACUAAGACAACUGAAAGUACGGAUGAAAGUUUGGCUAAAACUUACAACUUUAAAAAUAUCUUGGCUCAUCAUGAAAAUAACGCCAAUCUUAUUAAUACUCAAAAUCUCUAAAACUUUGUUCCAUCAUAUAAGAGAAUAGCUAAUGAUAGCACAGGAGUUAAGAAUGUAUUAACUUAUCCUGAAGAAAUAACAGCAGAAAAUAUUUCUCCAAGACCAAGUCACUAGCCAGUACUUCAAGACAAGUAUAAAAAGAUAAUGAUGAUCAUUGACUGA